AUGGCAUCUUCUUCCUCUUUUGCGAGUAAUUCACAGGACCGUGCUCGAUGGAAGUAUGAUGUCUUUCUUAGUUUUAGAGGUGCCGACACACGGAGAACAUUUACGAGUCACUUGCACGAAGGUUUGAAAAAUAGGGGAAUAUUCACUUUUCAAGAUGAUAAACUGGUAGAUCAUGGAAAUUCCAUCUCAGAAGAAAUCGUGAAAGGUAUAGAAGAGUCUGAAGUUGCAGUAAUCGUUUUCUCAAAGAAUUAUGCAACGUCAGGGUGGUGCUUGGAUGAACUAGUAAAGAUUAUGAAAUGCAAGGUUGAAAAUGGACAAAUAGUCAUACCAGUCUUCUAUGAUGUGGAUCCAUCAGAUGUUCGACACCAACGUGGGAGAUUUGCAGAGGCAUUUGCCAAACACGAAUAUAGGUAUAGGUAUAUGGAUGAUGUUGAGGGGAUGCAAAAGGUGCAAGGAUGGAGAACUGCCCUAACUGCUGCCGCAAAUCUAAAAAGGAUAUGA